AUGGCCACUUACAAGGUGAAGGUGGUGAUGGGUGACACCCUUGAAGCUCAGACCAGAAACAGCGUCUACAUCACCUUGGUGGGGACUCGAGGCGAGAGCCCACAGACAACAAUCAGUUACAAGUUCCUGCCCUGGACGGUGAAGGAGAGGACAGUGAAGUGCGAGCAGGAUCUGGGCCCCAUUGUACUAAUCCGCCUGACCAAGACACGGCUCUUCCUGGAGGAUGCCUGGUUCUGCAAGGAGGUGCAAGUAACAGCCCCCGAUGGCACAACCUAUCGCUUCCCCUGCUACCAGUGGUUGGAGGGGACCACUACCCAGGAGUUCCGUGAGGGCACAGGGAAAAAAAUGACAGAUGAUGACCUGGAGAUCCUUAAGGAGCACCGGCGCAAGGAACUGAAGGCACGGCAGAAGGCUUACCAGUGGAAGAAUUACGCUGAAGGAUGGCCCUGUUGCCUCAAUGUGGACUCCAUCUUUGACCUGGAUUCAAACAUAGAGUUCUCUUGCACACGAACCAAAUCCUUCACUGGCCUCCUCAUCUACCAGGGAGCCACACACCUGCUGUCAGGUUUCCUGGCCAGACCCACCUCCUGGAGAAGCCUGGAUGAGAUGCGAAGCAUUUUUUCCAGGACAAAGGGCAGGGACAUAGUCCCUGAGUACGUUGCAAGCCACUGGCAAGAAGAUGCCUUCUUUGGGUACCAGUUCCUCAAUGGCAACAACCCUAUUGUCAUCCGGAAUUGCUUGGUACUACCAGAAAAAUUCCCAGUAACACAAGAGAUGGUGGCCGACUCCCUGGGAAAGGAUACCACCUUGAGCAAGGAAAUGAAGGAAGGACACAUCUUCAUUGUGGAUUAUGAGUUGCUGCAGGGCAUCCCAGCAGGUACCAUCCAUGGGCGGCAGCAGUACGUGGCAGCACCGCUCUGCCUGCUGCACCAGGAUGCCAGUGGGCACCUACGCCCCAUUGCUAUCCAGCUCAGCCAGAUGCCCGGGCCCAGCAGCCCCAUCUUCCUGCCCAGUGAUGAUGAGUGGGACUGGCUCCUGGCCAAGACCUGGGUACGCAACGCUGAUUUCUACAGCCACCAGGUCAUCACCCACCUUCUUCGGACCCACCUCUUCGGGGAGGUCUUUGCUGUUGCCACCUUGCGCCAACUGCCCACCUGUCACCCACUCUUCAAGCUUCUUAUCCCACACUUCCGCUUCACGCUGCACAUCAACACGCUGGCCCGGACCGUCCUCAUUAACCCUGGUGGUGUCAUCGACAAGGGCUCAGGGGUUACCCAUGAGGGGCUGCUGCUGAUUCUUCGACGGGGCAUGGAGAAAGUGACCUACACAUCACUCUGCCUCCCUGAGGACAUAAAAGCCCGUGGCGUCUCCUUCAUCCCCAACUACCACUACCGGGAUGAUGGGAUGAGACUCUGGGAGGCCAUCAAUAGGUUUGUCUCUGGGAUUGUGGCUUUCUACUAUACAGACAAUGCAGCAGUGCAAAGUGACAUGGAGCUGCAGGCUUGGGUGAUGGAUAUAUUCACCAAUGGCUUCCUGGGCCGGACAUCCUCAGGCAUGCCCUCCUCGCUGAAGACAGUGGCAGAGCUCAACAAGUUUCUUACCAUGGUGAUGUUCACUUGCUCAGCACAGCAUGCAGCUGUCAACAAUGGACAGUAUGACCUGGGCGCCUACCUACCCAAUGCCCCAUCCUCCAUGCGCCACCCACCACCAGAGGAGAAAGGAAAGGCCUUCCUCCAGCACUUCCUGGACACCGUUCCUGAAGUUGAUACCACUGCCAACAUUCUGGUGGCUCUCAUCCUCCUCAGCUCCCGACUGGAAGACAUUAAGCUCCUGGGGCAUUAUCCAGAGGAGCGUUUCACAGAGGCAGAACCCCGGCGGCUCAUCAGGACCUUCCAAAGGGAGCUGGAAGACAUCCACGAUCACAUUGAAGAGAGAAACUACAGGGCUGAGCUGAGAUACAAUUACAUGAACCCACAGGAAAUUGAGAACAGCAUCUCUAUCUAAGCUCCCAGGUACACCUGGCACCCCUAAUACCUGAGCACCAGCAUGCCCAACUUCCAAAACCAAGAUACCCUCAGCACAUAGCACAUAUAAGUACUCAGAACUAAGAUGCUCUAGCACCAGCUACCAGCACACCUUGCAUUCACUGCAAUACACAAUCCACAGAACUGGGCACCUCCUACACUCCUCACACCCCGCAUCUGUGCAUCCACAGUGCCCAGCACCUCACAACCCAGUAUCCAAAACCCAAACAUCCCCAGCACUCAGCACCCUCAGCACCAAGAGCUCAGCACCCGCAACACCCAGCACCCACCAUGUGUGCACGCUCAGAAGCCCCCGCCCGUGAGCAACCAGCAUGCCCAGCACACAAAAUUAGGCACCCCCAGCACCCACCUCUUCAAUAAAUGACAUCUG